AAUGAAAUCACCGGCAAACAAAACAGUGAAACCAGAAGGUUCGCCACUACUGCGCCUCAUUUGCAGUGCGAACUCCAAAAAUGGCUGAUCGUCCGUGUGCUGGAAACAUUCUCCGUAUCGCCGGGGCCGUAAUCCUGCCCAAUCUGGGCGGAAUUUACAACGGGCGUCUGACCAGGCAGCACCUCCAGACCUGGUACGCAAACCUGAAGUUCCCGUCCUUUAAGCCGCCCAACGCCGUGUUUGCUCCGAUGUGGGUCUCCCUGUACGCCGGAAUGGGCUACGGCUCCUACCUGGUGUGGCGGGAUGGCGGAGGAUUCGCUGGCGAGGCGGCCAAACUGCCCCUGAUCGCGUACGGCACCCAGUUGGCCUUGAACUGGGCGUGGACUCCCAUCUUCUUCGGGCAGCACAACAUCAAGGGCGGCCUUAUUGACAUAGUCGCGCUGACGGCAGCCGCGUCCGCCUGCGGUGUAUUAUUCUACCGUGUGAACAAGACCGCUGGAUUGCUCUUCGUACCCUACGUAGCCUGGCUGGGAUUCGCGACUGCUCUGAAUUACGCCAUCUGGAAACUGAACCCGGAGAAGGAGGAGGCGCCCAAGGAUGAGGAGAAGCCCUCGAGCAGCCACGCUAAGUCUAGUUAGGCCCAGGAUGGGCGUAAAUCAAGUAGUUUUGGAUUUUGGUCGCGCAAUUUGCAGAGCUUUACGUCCUAUCGAAGCAGGGCUGGGCUAGUUGAAAAAGAUAUCGAUAAGCAGGGCCUUAGUGGCGGUAAAUUCAAAGUAUAAAAUGUUGUCGCACGUUCAAAAAUUCGCUAUCAUUUGUUAUUAUAUGUUAAAAUAAACAAUCGUAUUAUUCAAA